AUGGCAAUGUGGAGAGGCCAGGUGGACAUGUAUUGGCAAGAUUGCACCGCGGGCUACGACUGCAUCAUCCAGCACCUGAACAACGGCCGCAAGAACUGCAAAGAGUUUGAAGACUUUUUAAAAGAAAGGGCAUCAAUUGAAGAGAAAUAUGGCAAAGACUUUCUCAACCUCUCUAGGGAGAAGCCCUGUGGACAGUCGGAGAUCAACACCCUGAAGCGGGCCCUGGAAGUCUUCAAGCAGCAGAUAGACAGUGUGGCACAAUGUCACAUUCAGCUUGCCCAGACCCUAAGAGAAGAGGCCAGGAAGAUGGAAGAAUUCAGGGAGAAGCAAAAGCUACAACGGAAAGAGCUUUUAAUGGAUACUGCGCAUAAACAAAAGAGCUUACAGUUCAAGAAAACCAUGGAUGCAAAGAAGAACUAUGAGCAGAAAUGCCGAGACAAAGAUGAAGCAGAGCAGGCUGUCCCCCGGAGUGCCAACCUGGUAAACGUGAAGCAACAAGAAAAGCUUUUUGUGAAACUGGCAACUGCGAAGACCGCAGUAGAAGACUCGGACAAAACGUACAUGAUGCAGAUCAACACUCUGGACAAGGUCCGUGAAGACUGGCAGAGUGAGCACAUCAAGGCCUGCGAGAUUUUUGAAGCUCAAGAAUGUGAACGAAUAAACUUCUUUCGGAAUGCAUUGUGGUUACACCUGAAUCAGCUGUCACAACAAUGUGACACGAGCGAUGAUGUGUAUGAAGAAGUCCGUAGGAGCUUGGAAGCGUGCAGCAUUGAGAAGGACAUUGUGUACUUUGUGAGUCACCGAAAAACUGGACAGUGCCAUUCCCACUACCUAAGCUCCCAGGUGACAAUCAGGACCAAGCACUAG